UUACAAGUCAGACAAACGGGCGGGAUAUACCAAUAAUGUUGCCGCUGUAAUGGAUCUGAAGGCUGGCAAACAUCUAGUAGCACCAGCGAUAAACAAUAUCAGUUGCACCAACAAUCGGUUCGCCUUCUACCACCAGAUCGGUCCGUUCGAUGUCAUACAGGCGAUGUUUAUCGUGCUGCUAACGUUUCUAGUUAUCAGCGCGAAUCUGAUGGUGAUACUGGUGAUCAACAGCCGCCGUUAUGCUGCCUACAUCCAUCCACAGCCGCGCUACCUGCUGACGUCGCUGGCCCUCAACGAUCUGGCCAUCGGGCUGCUGAUCAUACCGUUCAGUGCCCUACCUGCCUUACUACACUGUUGGCCUUACGGGGAAAUUUUCUGCCAAAUUCAGGCACUACUAAGAGGAGCUUUAUCACAACAAAGUGCUGUUAUAUUGGUGUGCAUGGCAGUUGACCGCUAUCUGUGCGUGCUACAUCCACGAAUAUAUCAUAAGCGAUCCAGUAAGAAGGGCUGUGUUGCGGUUUUAAGCGUUACGUGGAUAUUAUGUUUAACCUGCUUCGGAAUGUUGGUUCUUCCCAAAGGUUAUUACUUCAACAAAACCGGCCUGUUGGCAUGCGAGCCGUUCUACAGUAAAUCAUCCUACCGGAUCCUGUCCAGCUGUGCGCUCUACUUUCCCACCACCAUGGUACUGAUGUACUGCUACGGAUCAAGUUUCCACGCGAAUCGAUACCGUCUGGCGACACCGAGUGCCGCAUCCCUGUCGCUGAACGUGUCGAACAGCUGCGGGAACGGCAGUACCGGCCACGGACCGAACGCUGCCGGUGCUCCGGACGGGAACGGUGGAUAUGGGGGUGGCGGUGGCGGUGGUGGUGGUGGCCGCCGAGAAGGGGACCAUAUCGAGACGCUAGCCGGGACGACGCUGACGGCUAAUGGUUCCGGUCUGGAGCACCACUCCUGCGACGGGAAUACGCUAACGGGCAUCACCGCCAUCACACCGAUGUCGGUCUCCUUCUCCGAGAAGUCCCAGUUUGCGGUGGAGGACGACCGGCAGAUACAUGGUUCGACGUCGCGAACUAUGGCAGCAAUAUCAUUAGGUUUUAUAGUCAUAAUCACCCCCUGGACGAUACUGGAGAUAGUGGCCACGUGCACCGGUUCGAAGAUACCACCAUCAAUUGAUUUCUGUGUCACAUGGAUAGCUUUAAGUAGUAGUUUUUGGAACCCUUUUCUCUACUGGCUGUUGAAUGCGCGAUUUCGCAAGAUAUGCAAAGAGCUGUUAACGUCAAAGUGUACCGGAAGUCAAAGUUCGUUGGAGGAAAAAUGUAGCAUAAGUCUAGAGUACGACCAUCACAUAACAUCACUGCCACUACCACCGGGUCCACCGCCGGCCACGAUCUGCCGGUCGGCCAACCACACACCCCGGCCGGACGUCGAAUGUUCGGAAAAAUACUGGGGUGACAUUCUCGAGCGUACCUUCAGCACCGGCAGCAUCAAUACGCUGCAUCGCAUCGGCACAACCUCGCUGUCGUACGUUAACCGUGCGCCGGUCGGACACGCUACGCUACAGUUCCGGUGCGAAGCCCACCAGCACCUAGUGCGUAACGCGAGCAGUACCAGCAUCGGCAAGGAACGGCAUGCAACUGCCGGUUUGCACUACAAGGACGACGCGAAGGAUGGGCCACCCGACUUUACCGCCCUGUACGCGCCCGGCUCCGAUCCGCAGGUGUGUGAUCACGAGCUGCACGACAUCAACUGUGCCAAAAACAAGGCAUUCUUCCGAGGUUUCAACCUGCAUCAGGGGCUCCCGGAUAUCUAGUAUUUCAGGGGCGCGUGGUUCAAUUAUCUACAGUACGUUCAGGAGCCCGGCGACCGGCCUUAUGAUCCUCGGCUCGCGUAAACGUGUCACAAAGUUUUAACUUACCUGCUCCUAUUUUUCACCACAACCAGGGAUCAGAAGGCUUCCGUAUCGAUUGAUCUACAACACUAUGUUUGCAUUAGGUUUAGUUACUUGGUAAUAUUUUUAAAUCUACAGAGAUAUCAAUAGAUGUAUUAACACAAUUUAAUUAUGGCUGUAACUGUGUUUAAAAUGUACUUAUUU